AGGAGAGGGGAGAUGGGUAACAGGAAGUGAACGUCACUGACACAGGAAUGGGACUGAAAAAAGAAAACACCAUCAUGAUGAGGAGAAUGUCAAAUCCACUCGAGUAGGGAAAACCACACAAAAAACCCUCCAACAACCUCUCAGUUUGAGCUCAGGAGAAGGAUGAGCCGUCGUGUCCGAGCUGGAUUUGAGGCAUCAGGAAGGGCACCGGCGCGUCGCUAAAUGGAGUCGGAGCAGCUGUACCACAGAGGCUACUGCAGGAACAGCUACAACAGCAUCGCCAGCGCCAGCAGCGACGAGGAGCUGCUGGAUGGAGCCGGCGUCAUCAUGGACUUCCACACCACCGAGGAUGACAACCUGCUGGAUGGGGACGCUGCCUCCCCAGGGUCUAAUUACGCCAUGUCUAACGGGGGCGGGGCACCCAGCAGCACCACCCACCUGUUGGACUUCCUAGAGGAGCCCAUCCCUGGUGUGGGGACCUACGAUGACUUCCACACCAUCGACUGGGUCCGCGAGAAGUGCAAGGACCGUGAGAGGCACCGGAAGAUAAACAGUAAGAAAAAGGAGUCGGCAUGGGAGUUCACAAAGAGCCUGUACGACGCCUGGUCCGGGUGGCUGGUGGUGACGCUCACCGGCUUGGCAUCAGGUGCUUUGGCUGGCCUGAUUGACAUUGCUGCUGAUUGGAUGAACGACCUGAAGGAGGGCGUGUGUCUGAGCGCCAUGUGGUUCAACCACGAGCAGUGCUGCUGGACGUCCAAUGAGACCACGUUCGCUGAGCGGGACAAGUGUCCGCAGUGGAAGAGCUGGGCUGAGCUAAUACUGGGGCAGGCCGAGGGGCCGGGCUCAUACAUCAUGAACUACUUCAUGUACAUCUACUGGGCUCUGUCCUUCGCCUUCCUGGCCGUCUGUCUGGUCAAGGUGUUUGCUCCUUACGCCUGCGGCUCGGGGAUCCCCGAGAUCAAGACCAUCCUGAGCGGGUUCAUCAUCCGGGGCUACCUAGGCAAGUGGACCCUGAUGAUCAAGACCAUCACUCUGGUGCUGGCUGUGGCGUCCGGCCUCAGCCUGGGGAAGGAGGGCCCCCUGGUCCACGUGGCCUGCUGCUGUGGGAACAUCUUCUCCUACCUCUUCCCCAAGUACAGCAAGAACGAGGCCAAGAAACGAGAGGUUCUCUCCGCUGCGUCUGCGGCCGGAGUGUCUGUUGCUUUCGGAGCCCCGAUCGGAGGAGUUCUCUUCAGCUUGGAGGAGGUGAGCUAUUACUUCCCUCUGAAGACACUCUGGCGCUCCUUCUUCGCCGCCCUGGUGGCCGCCUUUGUCCUGCGCUCCAUCAACCCAUUUGGUAACAGCCGCCUGGUGCUGUUCUACGUGGAGUACCACACGCCGUGGUACCUGUUUGAGCUCAUCCCUUUCAUCCUGCUGGGAGUCUUCGGAGGCCUCUGGGGAGCGUUCUUCAUUCGAGCCAACAUCGCUUGGUGCCGGCGGCGCAAGUCAACACGCUUCGGCAAGUACCCUGUGUUGGAGGUGAUCUUGGUGGCAGCCAUCACAGCUGUGUUUGCUUUCCCGAACCCGUACACGCGUCAGAACACCAGCGAGCUCAUAAAGGAGCUGUUCACUGACUGCGGCCCGCUGGAGUCCUCACAGCUCUGCCAGUACCGCAGCCAGAUGAACGGCAGCAAGGCAUUCAGCGACAACCCCAACAGGCCGGCAGGGCCCGGCGUCUAUGCCGCCAUGUGGCAACUCUGUCUGGCACUCUUCUUCAAAAUCAUCAUGACCAUAUUCACCUUUGGACUCAAGGUACCGUCGGGUUUGUUCAUCCCCAGCAUGGCCAUCGGGGCGAUCGCAGGGCGAAUUGUUGGUAUCGCCAUGGAGCAGCUCGCCUACUAUCACCACGACUGGUUCUUGUUCAAGGAGUGGUGCGAGGUGGGAGCUGACUGCAUCACUCCAGGGCUGUACGCUAUGGUGGGGGCCGCGGCGUGUCUGGGUGGUGUGACCCGUAUGACCGUCUCCCUGGUCGUCAUCGUCUUCGAGCUGACCGGCGGCUUGGAGUACAUCGUCCCCCUCAUGGCUGCCGUCAUGACCAGCAAAUGGGUGGGCGACGCGUUCGGCCGCGAGGGAAUCUACGAGUCCCACAUCCGUCUGAACGGAUAUCCCUUCCUGGACGCCAAGGAGGAGUUCACGCACACCACGCUGGCCAGGGAGGUGAUGAGGCCCCGACGCAGCGACCCGCCGUUAGCGGUGUUGACGCAGGACGACCUGACGGUGGAGGAGCUGCAGGCAACCAUCAAUGAAACCAGUUAUAAUGGUUUCCCUGUGAUAGUGUCCAAAGAGUCCCAGAGGCUGGUGGGCUUCGCUCUGCGCAGGGACAUCACGAUCGCUAUAGAAAAUGCUCGCCGUAAGCAGGAGGGCAUCAUGUUGAACUCCAGGGUGUACUUCACCCAGCAUGCACCCACCCUACCUGCCGACAGCCCCCGGCCCCUCAAACUGCGCUCCAUCCUCGACAUGAGCCCCUUCACCGUCACCGACCACACCCCCAUGGAGAUCGUGGUGGACAUCUUCAGGAAGCUGGGGCUGCGCCAGUGUCUGGUCACUCACAACGGGAUUGUGUUGGGCAUCAUCACAAAGAAGAAUAUAUUAGAGCAUCUGGAGGAGCUCAAGCAGCACACGGAGCCCCUGGCGGCUUCUUGGUAUUAUCACAAAAAAAGAUAUCCUGCGUCACAUGGCUCAAAUGGCAAACCAAGAUCCCGAGUCCAUCAUGUUCAACUGAUCCGUUCCUUCCAGGAUGGCCGGGGGGGAGGGGGAGGCGACAGCGAGGAGGAGGAGGAGGAGGAGGAGGAGGAGGAGGAGGUGCGCCUCCUGGACGGCUCCAAUCUCUGACAUCCGGACCCCUUUUUUUUUUUUCUUUCUUUUUAGUUUUGAGCUUUGUAGACGGUGAACCUCGCCGACCGACUGUGGCUCCCAGAGACUUUAACCAGCGGCGAGAGGGAACAGACUCGAUAAAAAAUUUAAAAAAGACUUUGUUAUUAACGUUCUGGCUGCUGAGGACACGGCGAGGUCGCGGGGUCGAAGGCAAACACACAUGAGGAAUGCACUUUUUACACACACACACAUCACAAAAACACACUUUUGCACUCACCUCAAACAUGCAUGCUCUCUCUUCACACACACACACACACACACACACAGACAGUAAGACUCCCUAAGCUGUACAGAAAACACCCAUUUGCACUCUUCGUGUGCCUCACCUGUUGUGUCCGCUGAGGUCGCCUGGCCAGAGGUCAAAGGUCAGAAUGAACCGCCGAAUUAAGGGACGCGAUGAGGGACCUUUAACCUCCAGGCCCCCCACCACCCCCUUCACCCCCUGCACACACACCAGAACCUGUCCGUCCUAUACAUUGUUUACCUGUGAUUUAUGUGUGUGUGCGUGUGAGAACGUGUGUGUGUGUCACUACAUUCCAGCCAGUCAGGUCGCCACGGGAGCCGAGAGGACGCGCUCGCACCUCGCAUCACCCCGAGACACGUGGCGACGGCAGCAGCUCAUGAUCACGCGGCGCACGGCUGCUCACAUCGGCACACGACGGUCUGAAGGACGUGGCUAUGACGUGUGUGUGUGUGUGUGUGUGUGUGUGUGUGUGUGUGUGUGUGUGUGUGUGUGUGUGUGUGUUGGGGAGAGAGAGGGGGCGAUAGAGGGACAUAGAUGGGUACUGUAUUUCAAGAACAAAACAAUGUUCGCUUUCAAGAAGGACAAAAAGUGAAGAUCUUUUGUUAGUGUGUGUUUUCACUUCUGAGCCAGCUUGAGCUUUGUGUGUUUGUGUGUGUGUGUUUGUGUCACACCCGUUGAUUCAUUCAGUGUGAAGGCAGGUUGAGUGUGCGAGUAAAAGAAAACGAGACAAAAAAAGAAGAAGUGUCCAGACUGAGUUCUUCAGUGUUCUCUGUUACAGGAAAACAAAUGGAUCAGAUCUCCUUUUUUUCUUCUUCUGCUCUUGUCGUAUCUCUCAUUGAUCGCGCUAUGAUCAGCAAAUUUUUUACGGCUUGAAGCGAAAACAAAACUGGAAAAUCUGCGCUGUUUUAAGUGAUCGGUUAAAAGCUGGCGUUGAUGUCACGCGUCUUGUUUUUAUACUUUUAUUUUUCUGAAAUCUGCCCACGUCUUUUAGAAAUGACUGUAAGAAAUGUGAAGCUGACUCACACAACAAACUUUCCACCUGAGCAAAGACUCUUACAAACAAACUCUUUUAAAUAUAAGGAGACAUUUUAUCUAUCUGGCACCUCGUCCACGUCACACUUCUAGUCAAUUGUGAUUCCAAACAGUCGGCAGUGUUUGGUUUAAUCUGCUUCAUGUGCAGAUGGGUUAAAGUUAAAGGGGCACGAUGUAGUUUUGGAGAAGGAAUUAUAAUCAGAAGAGCACGAUCGUCACUCGAUUUUCACAACUUACUAAACAAACUGUCCUCGAUACUAUUUCAGCCUGUUUUACGACAUAUGUUUAUAUUUGCAGUCAGACAGCGUUCUGGGGACCUUGAAACCAUGUGAGGACCUCCUGUUUAUUCUUUUAUUAAAAUAUAAAGAUAUUUCUGAGUUUGUAUUAUUAACUUGCACAUUUUUAAAUGUUACCUCUUUGAUUUAUUUUCCAAAACUACGGAGUGUGCCUUUAAAGCACCACGACAGUUUAGGUAACUAAGAUUUUUGAAAAACUAACCAAAGCCAAAGUAAAAGAUUGUUAGACGUUCAAAGAAACAAGCAAAACUAGUUUUAAAACUAACUCACUUAGAUUUACUUGAGCCCAGUUUUGGUGCGACCCCACUUCUUAAAACUUGGGAUGCCGUCUCACCUCUUGUGUUGCAGGCUGAAAUUCAACAAGUGUAUAUUUACAAAAACAAUAAAGUUGAUCAGUUUUGAACAUUAAAUAUCUUGUCUUCGUACUGUUUUCAAUUGUGUAGGGGUCAAAAAUAACUUGCAAAUCAUAGUGUUCUGUUUUUAUUUACAUUUUUAACAGCAUCCCAACUGUAUUUGGCAUCAGGGUUGUAGAAGAGCCCAAGUUAACAACACUGAAUUGGACUUUUUGUGCUCCAGAACACGAAUAAUUUGGAAUCAUAAUGGUCUGAACCGCAGUAAAGCUGGGACCAGAAAAUGUUUCAGCAAACACAUGAAUGAUGAUUCAUUUCAGGAACUUUCUUGCGUAGAAGAAGAUAAACAAGUGACAAAACCAACAAAAACAAAUGCAAAUCAUCAUUAAAUGUUCAAGCAAAGUUGUACAAAGAUAAACAUCUUACAUUAAAGACGAGACUUUGACUUUCAUGCCAACGUGAAGGAGAAGUGCUGGUUGUAACUGGACCUUAAUUUUCAGUUUCCACGAUCAAGACUGAAUUGUCGCGCUGGAACUUAUCUAAUCUUGUUUUUUGUCUGAAAGAACUCUUUAGUCAAUCAUCUCAUGACCUCAAAGGACAAAUGAGAUCCAGUCUUGCUAUGUCUGCCAAGUGCCUGGCGAAGGUUUUUAGGCUUUUCACACCGGUGUUUGAUUCUCUGUCACCUGCGACUCCCAUGAAAAAGCUCCUUGAAGGGAAAUGAAGUGAGGGUGAAGCGGGUGACAAACAAAAGCACCUUACGUGUUGAGAGGUGGCAGUUAGCCUGGUGUGUGUGUGUGUGUGUGUGUGUGUGUGUGUGUGUGUGAGUGUGAGAGAGAGAGAGAGAGAGAGGAAGGUCGGGUUCGUCCUGUGUACUUGUUUCCGUUGCGGCGGCGGUCCUGCUGCAGGCGGACAGGCGGCAGGGCGUCGUCUCUGUUAACCAGUGGUGUCGCCUAACAUUAUAUUUCAUACUGAUCUCGAUGUUUUCUCCCUUUUUAUGUUUUUAAUUUAUGGAUAGUGUUCGAUAGAGUUGUGCAUUAUUAUGGAGAAUUUUAUGUAUGAUUACAUUUGAUUGUUUGAUUGUACAUUUAAAACAAAAAUAUGUAAAAGAUAAAAUUUUGUUUUAAAUUAAAAAUUAUGAAAAUAUUCAAAUUGCA